AUGAGAUCAUGGUAUCUCCGCUUGACGUCGGAAUUGCAAGAUGUGAUGCAACAGAUCGGGUCUGUAAUUUUGGCCAAGAUCGAUGUGGAUGGCCUCACCAUCGCUGUUGCAUCUUCACGAGAUACAGCGGAGGAUCCGUCGAAGGCAAAGCCCAAAGGAAAAGCCAAGGGAAAGCCGGAUACGAGAGAGCUAAUUUCAGAUGCUCAUCUGCGGUUGAAGGCAGGGGUUCACUAUGGACUGAUAGGACGGAAUGGGACGGGAAAGUCGACGCUCCUACGAGCCAUGGCAGACAAGCUUGUCCCUGGUAUACCGCAUUCGACCCGUAUAGCCAUCCUGCAACAGACCGACGCCGCAUCACAAGAGGACCUCAAGAGCUUUGCGCUCGAUGACGGGGAGGUCCAAAAGAAAACGGUACUUGAGUAUGUUUUGAGCAGUGACCACUCCCGGAAUGAGGUAGUUCGGAAGAUGAACUACUUGGCCAAGAGCUUUGAGACGGAGGAUCCAUUACAACCUGUCAGUGCCAUUCGCAAGAUCCGUCAUGAUAAGACGGAAAAGGAGCUGUUCUUGGCCCAGAAAAACGCGAGCCUCAAGAGCGGAGCAAGGGGCCUACAGGCCCGAAAGGAUCUCAAAGCCGCCGAGACCAGGUUCGAAGCCUCACUGGAACUGCUACACCAAGAGAAAGAAUCAAUCGAGGCCGAAACUGUACAAGAAGACACACAGGCCGCAAUGGAUACACUGCAAGAGCUGCAGGCCCAGUUUGAAGCUAUGAAACUAGUUGAUAUCGAGCAACAAGCUCGUCAAAUUCUGCUAGGCUUAGGCUUUCACGAAUCCACCUUCGACAGGCCAUUCCUAACAUUAUCCGGAGGGUGGCGUAUGAGAUGCAUGCUGGCCAGUGUUCUGAUCCAGAAUCCGGAUUUUAUGAUCCUUGAUGAACCCACCAAUUUCCUAGAUUUGCUAGGAGUGGUGUGGCUUGAGAACUAUCUUCAGCAGUUGAAGGACUCCUCACAAACUACUAUUAUCCUGGUCUCCCACGAUAGGGAUUUCGUAAAUGCGGUCUGCGAAGAGAUCAUUAUUCUCAGAGACCAGAAGCUCAACUACUUCAAAGGGAACCUGUCGGCCUACGAGAAAGAUUUCGAAGAGCAAAAGCUGUACUGGGGUCGAAUGAAGGAAGCACAGGAGCGCCAGACGGCCCACAUGGAAGCCACCAUCCGUGAAACAACCAAAGCGGGAAAGAAAACCAAUGAUGAGAAUAAGUUGCGUAUGGCUAAGUCGCGGCAAAAGAAACUGGAUAAUAGGAUGGGCGUUCAAGUGAGUGCUACUGGAGGACGGUUUAAACUGAACCGAGACUUGGUGGGCUGGCACUUGAGUGCCCGAGAAGAGAUCGAGGUUCCGACAGAUGAGAAGGGUGUCUCGAUCAUCUUACCUGACGCCACAGAACUACGGUAUCCAGGGCCACUAAUUUCCGCGGAAGGGAUCGUCUUCAAGUAUAAGUCAAAUGAGGUCCCAGUACUGAACGGAGUGGACGUUGUCAUGCAUAUGGGAGAUCGAGUCGGCCUCAUGGGCCUCAAUGGAUGCGGAAAGUCUACAUUGAUACGUCUCCUCGUGGGAAACAUGGUGCCAGCCAAAGGGAAGAUAUCGACACACUCGAGACUCAAACUUGGUUACUACGCCCAACACUCGAUCGAGGACCUUCAAGAACAAGGGCAGGCCGACCCCAGCUUAACCGCGUUGGGACUUAUGUCCAAAGAAACCGAGGGGGCCUUGAAUGAAGGCCAACUGAGGGCCCUGCUGGCAAGCCUUGGCCUUCAGGGUCGAGUCGCCUCGGAUGUUCCUGUCUCUCGCCUCUCAGGCGGUCAACUUGUUCGUUUGGCUUUGGCGCAAGUGAUUUGGAACUCGCCACACCUGCUCAUUCUGGACGAAAUCACUACUCAUCUAGAUUUUCAUACUGUUACGGCCCUUGCAUCUGCGCUAUCAUCCUUCAACGGGGCUAUCUUGUUGGUCUCGCAUGACCGGUUCCUGGUGCGUUCCGUCAUUGAAGGGAAACGCGACGAGGAACAUAAACUGGAUGACGACUUUGAGGGUGUCGACGAAGAGACAGACGAGACCCAGAGUAGAAGGCGAGCUGUGUAUGUUCUGAAGGCUGGAAACCUCAAGGAACAGAGCAACGGGGUGGAGCAGUUUGAACAGAGUCUCGUGAAGAGGGUGCAGAAGAUGCUUCCCAGGACUUGA